AUGUUUUCAUUGACAAGGGGGGAAGUUCCCGGUUUCCUCCAUGCCUGUCGUAAAGCAUUCAGCUUGCAGCAGAAUUUCAGCUUAGUGAACGUCAAAUUGAAAUGGGUUAAAGAUAGUGUUCUGGACAGGGUCGUUUCUGGCCACGGAGAUCUGAAAGCUGUCUGCUUUCUCGUUUCCAUAAUCUCGUCUGCUCCCAACCAUUCCCUCCCGGUCUACUCCCUCAUCAAGCAUCGCGGCCAAUUAGGAUUCCCUCUCGAUCUCAAGCUCUCAACUUUCCUUAGGAGAUACCCAACAAUAUUCCAUGAACACCAUAUUCUCGACAGUGGUGGAACACGGGUACCUUCCUUCCAAUUGACUCCUGAGGCAUUGGAUCUCCACCAGGAGGAGCUGAAUGCAAUGGAUCAAAAUAGAAACGAUCUCAUAGAGAGGCUUUGCAGGCUUCUCAUGCUCACCAAGGACAGGUCUCUACCUUUCCAGACCAUUGACCAGCUGAAAUGGGACUUGGGAUUGCCUUACCAUUACCAUGAUUCCUUAGCAUUGCACCAUCCCGAUAAGUUCUGUUUGAUUCGCUUCCCUGAUGAUCGUCUAGGGUUGAAGCUCCGAAUAUGGGAUGAUCAACUCGCUGUUUCGCAGUUGCAGAGGAAGGCUCCCCAAAAAGAGCUAGAACAUGGUUGCUUAAAGUUUCCAGUUGGGUUCACCAGAGGAUUCGGGUUAAAAAGAAAGAGCAUGGUUUGGUUAGAAGAGUGGCAGAAGCUUCCUUAUACUUCGCCUUAUGUUGAUCCAUCGUGUUUGGAUGUGAGGACAGAUGUGUCGGAGAAGAGGAUUGUGGGAGUGUUUCAUGAGCUGCUUCAUCUGACAUUGGAGAAGAUGACCGAGAGGAAGAAUGUCAGCAAUCUAAGGACAUCAUUGCGUUUGCCUCAGAAGUUUACCAAGGUGUUCGAGCGCCAUCCUGGCGUGUUUUACAUAUCGAAGAAGUGCGAUACUCAGACUGUUGUUCUCAGAGAAGGAUAUGAUCGUGGAGAGCUCCAGGAGAAGCAUCCUCUUGUUUAUGUCAGGGUGAAGUACGCAAGGUUGAUGAAGAGAGGAUUUCUGGAGAGAAGUAUGGGGUUGCAUAAGAAAAGUGAAGAGACUGUAGAGGAAGAAGGGAUUAUCAAUAAUCAUCAGAGAUUAUAUGGGUGA